UUUUGGUAUGGCGAUGUGACGUCAUGAAGCUGCGCCGCGCUCCUGCAUUUGUUGUGAUUGGGCUGAAGAAAGGACAAAGAAAAAACUCCCGCUGAAGCAGCUGAGAUCCACACGACACAGUUAUAAAGAUGGAGAUUAUUAAAGAGGAGAGUGAAGACAUGAAGAUUGAAGAAGCAUUCAGAGUCAAACAUGAAGAUACUGAGGAACAAACAAAGAUGGAGUUUAUUAAAGAGGAGAGUGAAGACAUGAAGAUUGAAGACACAUUCAGAGUCAAACGUGAAGAUACUGAGGAACAAACAGAUCUGAUGACACUGAAAGAGGAGAGUCAAGAACUCAAUGAAAAGGAAGAUAAUGUUCAGCAUGAGAAAUAUAAUUUCAUGCCUGGAGAAAAAUCAUUUAGUUCCACACAGACUGAAAAGACGUCACAAAAAAGAGCUCAAAAGACAGCAGAUAGAAGUUAUUUCUCCUGCCAACAGUGUGGGAAAAGUUUCACCAGAAAAGAAAAUCUUGAAGUCCACAUGAAAGUUCACACUGGAGAAAAGCCUUUCACCUGCAAACAGUGUGGAAAGAGUUUCAUUAAUAAACCAAACCUUAAAAACCACAUGAGAAUUCAUACUGGAGAGAAGCCAUACAAAUGCUCUCAAUGUGAAAAAAGUUUUACAUAUAAACAACACCUCAAUGACCACAAGAGAAUUCAUACUGGAGAGAAACCUUUCACCUGCAAACUGUGUGGAAAGAGCUUCAGCAGAAAAGGAACCCUUAAAAGCCACAUGAGAGUUCACACUGGAGAGAAACCUUUCACCUGCAAACUGUGUGGAAAGAGCUUCAUUCGAAAAUCAAACCUUAACAACCACAUGAGAAUUCACACUGGAGAGAAGCCUUACACAUGCUCUCGAUGUGGAAAAAGUUUUGCAUAUAAACAACACCUCGUUGACCACAUGAGGAUUCAUACUGGAGAGAAUCCUUUCACCUGCAAACUGUGUGGAAAGAGCUUCAUUAGUAAAUCAAACCUUAAAAAACACACUAGAAUUCAUACUGGAGAGAAGCCUUACACAUGUUCUCAAUGUGGAAAAAAUUUUACACAUAAACAAUGCCUCAUAGACCACAUGCAAAUUCAUACUGGAGAGAAACCGUUCACCUGCCAACAAUGUGGAAAGAGCUUUGCUAAAAAAGGAACCCUUAAAGACCACAUGAGAGUUCAUACUGGAGAGAAACCUUUCACCUGCAAACUGUGUGGAAAGAGCUUCAUUAGUAAAUCAAACCUUAAAUACCACAUGAUAAGUCAUACUGGAGAGAAACCUUACACAUGUUCCCAGUGUGGAAAAAGCUUUAAACAUAAACAACACCUCGAAGUCCACAUGAGAAUUCAUACUGGAGAGAAACCGUUCACCUGCCAACAAUGUGGAAAGAGCUUCACUAGAAGAGGACACCUUAAAAAACACAUGAACAUUCACACUAGAGAGAAGCUGUUUACAUGUGAUCAGAGCAGGGACAAAUAAUUACUUGAAAAGAAUAUUCAAACCAUUCUCACUCAGCGUCAAAUGCCUGUGCAAAACCUAAGUUAAUCAUCUGUACAGCGGGUUUGGUUUUGUUUUUAUUUUUAUUUAUUGCAGCGCUGGUGGAAACAACACGAGACCUUAUACUACUGCAAAUGACAAGACCAGCCCAGAUGGUGCUUCGUCUCCCCACCAGGGCAAUAGAAGUGAGCGCACCUUCAGCACAGCUGAAAGAGUUGUAGAAGAAAAAGGGCUGGAUUAAACCAAGGGCUGCCCACAACCAAAGAUAUUUCUAGUCGACUAGUAGUAGUAGUAAAUACUAAACCAUAAUGUGCCUUUAAUAUUUCUAUUCUAUUCUAUUUAUAUAAUAUUCUAUUCCACGCUCAGUGUUUAAGUUGGCAAUCCUGACUCGCCAUCUCCUCACUGGACGUGCCUUUACGGAUUACAUAAUGAAAAAGUUUUUGUUUGCGAAUAAUUUAAUGAUUUUAUUUUGUAGUCAUUUAAAGCUUUCUAUAGAUAUA